UUUCCCUUAUCAUGAUUUACCAGGUCCACUCUGACCUUUGCCCCUGAGAGUGGAGUGGCGUGGUUGUGUUGAGGGAAAGGAAUUGCUGACAACGGUGUCUAAGUCUCAUGCGAGUAGCGACCAUGUCAUGAACUCAAAGAAAGUCGUUAUUAAUGGCGAUGACAACCACGACGACGACGACCGUCAUCGACGAGCGUGUUAAAGCCGCGAAUGUUUUCGCUUACUGAGAACCCUCACUCACAUGAUUGAUACAAAUUAUUGACCUGGCUUUAAAAACACUUGUGAUCGAGUUGGUGUUUUUUUUAUUCCUCAACUAAUUUAAUUCCUUUAGCGACGGUCGCACUCACAGUUUUUGGUGGACAUGUCUGUUGCUAAACACGCGCGACCUGACUUAGCAACUUAUCUUUCUCUUUCACACACAGUAUUUUUUCACGAGAGUCUUAUCAGUAAACUGUCAAACAAAGUUUCUUACUUGUAACCGUUUGGAGCAGGAAGUGUUGGUGGAUACAUCACAAGGUUAAGGCCGCCAUACUGGGGAAAGUGUUUUCUUGCGCCUGUCAGCGGGGAAUCAGGGAUGUGUUGACAUUUAACAGUGCAUGAACAUGGCGCUAGACGGCGCCUCGUGUGUGUCAGAGACAGUUUCUCUCAAGGAACUUGUCUCUAGGAACUGCCUUCCUGCUCUCGUGCGAUUGGAGGAAGGAAUUCGUGGUGACAUCGAGUCGCUGUCCUUGUCCAGCGGUGACGUCAUUGCUCUGGUGGCCUGCAGCGGCGCCGACAACGGCCAGGGAACCGUCCUCGCUCAUUACACGAGUGAAAGAAAAAUCUAUAACGGAGGAGCUUUCGAUACCUCAGAGAAAGACGUUUACCGCGCCCUGAUCUUACUUCCCUUGGUUAACCCUCAGUUGGCUUCCCUUGAGGUCUCCAUCUGCCAGGACUCGUACGGCAGUUUCAUCAACACCAGGUUUAACGGGUGCGAUUGGGUCGGAAGGGAGGAGGAAGUGCUCCGGGAAAAGGUUUCAGAUGCUGCAAGUCUGACAGCGAGAAGUGCAGGAGGCAGAGCAGACCGGUGGGUCGAAGUGGUGGUGGACACCAGCAUGGAGAAGCCAGUCGCGCCCCCUAGGGUCAACAGGGGUAGCAAACCAGUGAACGCGUUGAACCAAACGGACUCGGUGACGUCCCUAACGGAAACAAGCAGCCGUCAGCCUCAGUCCCCAACUACCAGGAAUACUGUGACAUCACCUGCGGCGCCGGCCAGGAUUCCGUUGACGUCACCUGUUGCGGCAGGAGCGCCACCCACGUCAUCAGCGAGUACCGGGAAACUGUCGUCUGCUGCGCUGGCAAAGGAUGCUGUGACGUCUUCAGGUCCUUGCGAAAGGCAGUCCGGAGCUGGACACCAAACGUUUUCAGAGAUGUCGUCUGCUGCAGUACCGAGGGUACCGAGGGUACCCAGGGUCGCGAGGUCUCACGUGGCCGUGGAUGCCAGGGUAGACCACAGCGGUAACCCUCCACACACACCUCUAGCAUCCAGAUCUCUCGUAGGUACAAACCAAACACUUCCACUCCGCCAGUCUCCUCCCACGCAGUCCGAGGACGCUGCAGUAACUGUGGCAACCAUGACAACACCAGCGCCAUCUACGAAUUUGAAGACGAUGUACCUGUCGACACCUGCCUGGGCUUCACUCUGGCAGCCGUGUACGGCGACGACGAAGAGUUUUGCAGCAGCGAACAGGGAAAUGGUUCCGUUAUCAGACUUCCUUGCAGGGAAACAAAGAAAUCCGGAUUUCAAAUGCGAAAACUGACGAAGGUAAUAACAGAGCAAGCUGCGAGGCUAAAGAAAUUAAAGAAAUUACCUGCUAAAGUGUCUCGCACCUUGAGGACUUUCUCCAGCAAAGAUGACCAACCCAAGCCGAC